CCUAAGGUUAAACUUAAAAGCCCAGCUUACCGCGGAAAUGUUCUGCAUGGUUACACUGAUGAUGAGGCUGACUGGCAGACGCCUCCAGCCGCCGGGCUGCGUGCUGGCGCUUAGCUUAAUGGCCCUGAUUCUCUGGGAGAUUCCUGGGGCCUGGGCCCUGGACAAUGGCUUGGCCAUGACCCCCACCAUGGGCUGGCUGCACUGGGAGCGCUUCAUGUGCAACACUGACUGCACAGAGGAGCCGGAUUCCUGUAUCAGUGAGAACCUCUUCAUGCAGAUGGCAGAUCUCAUGGACUCAGAUGGCUGGAAGGAAGUAGGAUAUGAGUAUCUCUGCAUUGACGACUGUUGGAUGGCUCCCCAAAGAGACUCAAAAGGCAGACUUCAGGCAGACCCUAAACGCUUUCCUAGUGGGAUCCGCCAUCUAUCUAAUUAUGUCCAUAGCAAAGGACUGAAGCUAGGAAUUUAUGCAGACGUUGGGAAAAAAACCUGUGCAGGCUACCCUGGGAGUUUGGGACACUAUGACAUUGAUGCCGAAACCUUUGCCGACUGGGGAGUAGAUCUGCUAAAAUUUGAUGGUUGUCACUGUGACACUCUGGAACAGUUGGCAGAUGGUUAUAAGCACAUGUCCUUGUCCCUGAACAAGACUGGCAGAAGCAUUGUGUACUCCUGUGAGUGGCCCCUUUAUAUGUGGCCCUUUAAGAAGCCCAAUUAUACAGAAAUCCGACAGUACUGCAAUCACUGGAGAAAUUUUGGAGACAUUUAUGAUUCUUGGCAAAGUGUAAAGAGUAUUUUGGACUGGACCUCUUCUAACCAGCGGACAGUUGUUAGUGCUGCAGGACCUGGAGGUUGGAAUGACCCAGAUAUGUUAGUGAUUGGCAACUUUGGCCUCAGCUGGGAUCAGCAGAUAACUCAGAUGGCCCUUUGGGCUAUCAUGGCAGCUCCAUUAUUCAUGUCCAAUGACCUCCGACACAUCAGCCUUCAAGCCAAAACUCUCCUACAGAAUAAGGAUGUAAUUGCCAUCAACCAGGACCCCUUGGGCAAGCAGGGGUACCUACUUAGAAAGGAAGACAACUUUGAGGUAUGGGAACGCCCUCUCUCGGAGUUAGCCUGGGCGGUGGCUGUGGUAAACCUGCAGGAGAUUGGUGGACCUCGUUCUUACACCAUCAGUCUUGCUUCCCUGGGUCAAGGAGUGGCCUGUAAUCCUGCUUGUCAUAUCACAGAGCUCCUUCCUGUGAAGACAAAACUUGGGUUUUAUGAAUGGACUUCAUUUGUAAAAACUCGAAUAAAUCCCACAGGCACUGUUUUGCUUCAGCUAAAAAUAAGCCAGACUACAUUUUAAAAGCUUCCUUAAAAACUCUUGUAUUGAUUUUUCUUAGAGGGAUAGAAAGAGAAACAAGUUGUUGUUCCACUCAAUCAUGCAUUCAUUGGUUGAUUCUGGUCAUGUGCCCUGAUGGGGAUCAAACCCACAACCUUGGCUUACCUGGAUGAUGCUCUAGCCCAGUGGUUCUCAACCUUCCUAAUGCCGCGACCCUUUAAUACAGUUCCUCAGGUUGUGGUGACCCCCAAUUUCAUUGUUACAAAUUGAACAUAAUUAAAGCAUAGUGAUUAAUCACAAAAACAAUAUGUCAUUAUAUAUGUGUUUUCCGAUGGUCUUAGGCAACCCCUGUGAAAGGGUCGUUAGACCCCCAAAGUGGUCGUGACCCACAGGUUGAGAACCGCUGCUCUAGCCAACUGAGCUACCCUGCCAGGGCAAAAAAGCUUCCUUAAAAAAUCGUAUUUUGUUGCCAAUGACAACCACACUUGUCUUUUUCUCCCAUUCUCACUUCAACUAUUCUUUUAUUUCCCUGAAUAAAAUUUCACUACAGUCCUGGCCAGUGUGGCUUAGUUGGCUGGGCAUCCUCCCAUGCACCAAAAGGUUGCCGGUUGGAUUCCUGGUCAAGGCACAUGCCCAGGUAAAGAAUUUCACUACAGAAACCAACGGUGCAAAAGACCUAAAGUAUGUUUUAACAAUUCCUUUGCCCGCCCGGUGAUUAAAGUUGGAAGACUGUCCUGGCCAAUUGCUCAGUUGGAGCAUGGUCCCACAUCCCGAGGUUGCUGGUUCGAUUACCGGUCAGGCACGUACAGAAUGUGAACAAUUGAUGUUCUGUCACGUCUGUUUCUCUCUAGGAUCAGUGAGCAUAUCCUCAGGUGAGGAUUAAAAAAAAAAUUGCAAGUCUAAUCAUUGUCAGCUGAUAAAAACUGCAAUGAAAUUGGUGAACCAUGACUUAGUCAUCCAGAUACAUACAUUUGGAAGCAGCCCUAGCCGGUUUGGCUCAGUGGAUUGAGUGUUGGCCUGGGGACUGAAGGGUCCCUGGUUUGAUUCUGCUCAAGGGCACAUGCCUGGGUUGCAGGCUCAAUGCCCAGUAGGGUUUGUGUAGGAGGCAGCUUAUCAGUGAUUCAUCAUUGAUGUUUCUAUCCCCCUCUCCCUUCCUCUCUGAAAUCAAUAAAAAUAUCUCAAAAAAAAUAAAUGUGGAAGCAAAUUGCUCCAUCUGAGAUGCCCUUCCAGUUACCAAAGUAGGUAGCAUAUUUACUUCGUCAUCCAGUUUUACCGCACAAAACUCAGUAAGAUAUAUUCUUUAUUCUUAAGGUAUUACAUGUGUUCUUAUCCUCCCAUUGCCCCCCACACUCCCCCAUGCCCUCACCCCCUGGUGUUUGUGUCCAUUGGUUAGGCUUAUAUGCAUGCAUACAAGUCCUUUGGUUGCUCUCCCCCUUAACCCCACCCUCCCCUACCUCCCCUCUGAGGUUUGAGCAAUGCUUGUCUCUGGAUAUCCUUUAUUACUAAGAGCUGAAUCUCCGUAAUAUAAUAGUACACAAAGAUGAAAGGGAUUUGAAUUUGAAACAGGCAUUUUUAAAAAUGGAUUAUCACUGCUAGGUUCCAUUUAGGAUUUUAAUUCACUAGAAAUAUUGUCCUUUGAAUCAAGAAAAGAAUUUGUAUAAAUUUGAGAUCGGGGGUUGGGGGGGCAGCCAGCAUGGCUCAAUGAUUGAACCUUGACCUAUGAACCAGGAGGUCAAGGUUUGAUUCCUGGUUAGGCCAUAGCCUGGUUUGCAGGCUCAAUCCUGUGGGGGCAUGCAGGAGGGACUGAUCAAUGAUUCAUCAUUGAUGUUUCCAUCUCUCCCUUUCCCUCUCUGAAGUCAACAAAAAUGUAUCUUUUUAAAAAGUUUGCGGGGGGGGGGGGUGUA